AUGAGAACUACGCUGUUUGUCGCCGGCUUCGGUUCCAGAACAAGGGCAAGAGAUCUUGCCUACGAGUUUGAAAGAUAUGGCCGUCUGGUACGCUGUGACAUCCCGGCCCCAAAGAGCUUUUCAUCCAAGCCAUAUGCGUUUGUAGAAUUUGAAGAUCCUCGUGAUGCAGAAGAUGCAUUCAAUGAGAUGCAUGGUCGACGUCUAGAUGGCUACACCAUCAGUGUCCAGUGGGCACGCAACGCGCCAAGUGCGUCGUGGCGUUACGACCGCUCUCCUCGUCGCAGAAGAUCGAUGUCUCCCCGUCGUCCUUCUGAACGACGCGUGUCGUAUGGUCGUAGUCACAGUCGGUCCCGCAGCCCCUUCCGACCCCCGCCUGGCCCUGGACGCUCUCCUUCACCUCCGCGCGGCCGUUCUCCUCCUCCAGCUGCUUACGACCGUCGUUACGACUCUCGCUCGCGCUCACCUCCCCCACGUCUUCCAGAUGGACGUUAUCCCCCAGAACCCAUCCCAGAGUCUCGCUCGCGUUCGCCAGCUCACCCUUCACGCUCUGUAUCGCCAAAGAUUAAGCUUUCCCCAAAGUCUCGCUCCAGAAGUCCUGAGCAUUAAGAGAAAAAUUGCAACCCCCAAAUAAGAAAGAAAGAGAGAAAACAAAGAGAGAGAGAGAGAGAGAGAGAACGAAAUAGAAAGAGAGAGAAAGAGAGAGAGAGGCAGAGAGGCAGAGAGGUAGAGACAGCUUACAAAGACCUCCCUCUUUUUUCUUUCUUCCUUUCUUUUCUUUUUUACUUUACUUUUUACUUCUUUUUUUUUUACAAAAUCUGCUCUCAUUUUCUCUCAAAGCUUUCUUCUUCUUCUAUAUUUAAAGAAGUGUUCCUAUCCCCCGUCUCCCCCUCUUUCCCCCUCUUGUCAAUUUCAAUUUCAAUUUCAAUUCAAUUCAAUUCAAUUCAACUCAAUUC